AUGACGCGAAUCCGAUUACAUCCACCGCAAUUCUUGCGGAUCCCAAAAUACAAUUUUCCCAUUCGACUCCUCGCCACCAGCAAAUCUGUCUGUCACGCUGGUUCCAAACAUGACCUCGUACUGGUCAUCAAGAGCAGUGUUUUCCGAUGGGACGUCCGCAAUUCCUUUCGAGAAUUCAUGCGUCUGGAGAACAAGCGAUAUCCCAGCCUCAAUGUCGGCUACGUCUUCAGUGUCGGCAUUCCACGGCAGCACGGAGGAAGGCUGUUCAAUCGCGAUGGCCAUGUCAUGAACCUCACCGGCCCAGAUGGCGACCAACUGGAAGCCUUCGAAGGAAAGGCAGCUGAAGUAAUGGAGAAAUUAAACGAGGAGAUUGCCAUCCACGACGACAUCGUGAUGGCUGACUACGAAGAUACCUACUAUAACCUGACCUUCAAAACCGUCACCAAUUAUCGCUGGAUGUCUGCCUUUUGCGGAGCUGAGAAUGUCAAGCUAUUCAUGACCAUGGACGACGAUCAUCGUGUGAAUCUCUCCAUGGUGGAUGCAUUUAUGAAGCGAAUCCCCGAGAAGAAGAGGCGAUAUUCCACCUUCGGCUACAUAGCCGAUUAUGACUUGGCGUAUCGGUCGCCGUUGAAGAAGUGGUUUCUUUCCUACAGUGAAUUUCCCUGGGACAAGAUGUACCCAUAUCUACGCGGCUUCGCCCAGAUCAUCGGACCCGGCGUAGUUGACGAUAUGGCAAUUGGAACGGCCUACACGCGAUACAACUAUGCUCCGGAAGACGUGUUCCUCGGAAUGGUUGCUUAUAAACUGGGAAUCCCAAUCUUCAAUGAGAACAGCAUGUUCGACCAUGACCUCUACGUGGAGACGAAUAAGGAGGGCAGACCAGCUAUGGUAGCACUGAGUAAGCACUUCCUUUGA